UUCUCUGUGGGAGACAUCAGCCCUGUGUGAUCUCAUGAAUACAUUAUCAGAGGGUCAUUGUGCAAUGAGGAAGGUGUGCUGAGCUGUUUGUGGCAAACACACAAACUGCAAACAAGCUUUUUUUUUUUUUUUUUUUAAAUCAUAAACACAUAUAAACAACAACAACAACAACAACAACAACAACAACAACAACGGGUGAUACUUAAAGAGCAGCAUUGAUCCCCAACAGUGUGGGGAAUUUUAAAUACAUAAUCAAUGUGACGGCGCUCGAUGACGCGGCGAUCCAGCAGCCGCGUCUGUUAGCCCGACUGCGACACCAGCUAGCGGGCUAAUGCUAGGUAGCAUCCGAGCGGCUUCAUCCGUCCGGAGCAAACAGGUAAGAGGCAACUUAUCGGUGGGGUAGCUCCGAGGAUAGCUGCCCUUUCCCCGCUGUGAAGGGCUGCCUCUUGAGGACAGUGGGGGCUCUCUAAUGAUCCCCCCGUCCAUCCGAUGAACCCCCUCAACUCCAUGAAACCCUCCCUGCCUCCCAAUCCACAAAGCAGUGACGGCCCCUUCCUAAAUGACCCAGUCUCCUGGCAACCAGGCACCAAUCAGCACCCAGGAUCUCUCUCUGUAGUAACCACAGUGUGGGGCGUGACCAAUCCCACACACAGCCAGGUGUUUGGUGCACCCAUGGGUCCGGGUGAGAGCUCCGGCGGUCACAUGAUGCCUGGUGGCGGCCCCGGUAUGGGUCCUGGCAUGGGCUCCCAGUUCAUGGGCCAGCAGUCGUAUGGAGAGGCUGUCUCUAAAGGUUACGGGCAGCCAAUCAUGUACGGACGUCCCAGUGCGGCGUACAACCCCGCCUCAGCCUACGGCGGAAGUUACUCUGGUAACGGUGGAGGUGCCGGUAUGGGCGUCCGUCCUCCCUCAGACUUCACGCAGGCUGCUGCCGCUGCCGUUGCCGCCGCUGCUGCCACAGCAACUGCCACUGCCACGGCAACUGUUGCAGCCAUACAGGAGAAACAGAACCAGGAGUUGAGCUAUGGACAGAUGGGUGGAGCAUCCUCUUACAGCACCCAGUUCCUGUCUCAUUCGGGCCCCCGCGGCCCUCCUCCGGGGAUGGUCUCUUCCAGGCCCGGACCUCCACCUACUGCUGGAGGCCUGUACCCCUCUCACCCUGCCCAGGCUCAGAAGAUGCCCCAGCACGGAGGGUAUCCGGGCGGACAGCAAGGGCUCAAACGGCCUUUUCAUUCGGAGGGUUUUCCAGUGCAACAGUACGGCUCUGGUGGGAUGUCAGGGUACCCUAACCAGCCUCUCCAGUACCCCUCUGGUCCACAGCAGCGAUGCCCCCCCUCACCCUCUUACCCCUCCAGUCGGAUGCCCCUCAUGGCACAGUACACUUCUGGAUCUCACAACCCAGCACAGUUCCCCCCCGGAGCCGUCCAACCCAAUCCUCCACAGUAUUAUAAGUCAGAGCCGUUCAAUGGUCAGGGCAGCCUGCCAUCUGGAGGAGCCGGAGGAUACAAUGCCUUCACACAGGCUGCAGUGAGCGGGCCAGGUCGGGGUGGAGUGAUGCCCGGGUAUCCUAGCUCACCGAUGGGAGGGAAUCCCACUCCUCCGAUGACACCUGGGACGUCCAUACCUCCCUACCUGUCCCCGGGCCAGGACACAAAACCCCCCUACCUUCCACCGGACAUCAAACCCAACAUCAACACACAGCAGCCCUCCACAGGUAACCCCAGCGACGACCUGCGUCUGACUUUCCCGGUACGAGACGGCGUCGUGUUGGAGCCGUUCAGACUGGAGCACAACCUGGCCGUCAGUAACCACGCCUUCCAGCUGAGAGACUCUGUGUACAAAACACUCAUGUUGAGGCCUGAUCUGGAGCUGCAGUUCAAGUGUUACCACCACGAAGACCGACAAAUGAACACUAACUGGCCUGCAUCCGUACAAGUGAGUGUCAACGCAACUCCUCUGUGCAUCGAAAGAGGAGACAACAAAACCUCCCACAAACCCUUGUACCUAAAGCAAGUGUGUCAACCGGGACGUAACACUGUACAGAUCACAGUAACAGCCUGCUGUUGUUCCCACCUGUUUGUGCUGCAGCUGGUCCACCGGCCGUCCGUCAGGUCCGUCCUGCAGGGUUUGAUGAAGAAGAGACUCCUGCCGGCCGAGCACUGCAUCACCAAGAUAAAGAGAAAUUUCAGUAGCGGCACAAUCCCCGGGACUCCUGGUCUGAACGGAGAGGACGGCGUUGAGCAGACGGCAAUCAAAGUUUCCCUCAAAUGCCCGAUCACGUUCAGACGAAUCCAGCUGCCAGCCAGAGGUCACGACUGCAGACACAUACAGUGUUUCGACCUGGAGUCCUAUUUGCAGCUCAAUUGUGAAAGAGGCACCUGGAGAUGUCCUGUGUGCAAUAAAACCGCUUUGCUAGAGGGGCUGGAGGUGGACCAGUACAUGCUCGGGAUCCUCGUCUACAUCCAGAAUUCGGACUACGAGGAGAUCACCAUAGACCCUGUGUGUGGCUGGAGGCCGGUGCCCGUCAAACCAGACCUGCACAUAAAGGAGGAGCCCGACGGUCCGGUCCUGAAACGCUGUCGAACUGUCAGCCCGAGUCACAUGGUCCUGCCCAACGUGAUGGAGAUGAUCGCCGCUCUGGGCCCGGCGUCGUCCCCCUACCAGAGUCUGACCGCAGGGGGCAGGAACACCCCCGACUACAACCGGCCAGGGAGCCAGGGAUUCUCCAACCAAACAGGAUUCACCGACUUCCCCAACACCCCUGGCACCCCGACGCUCGGAGAGUACGCCUCCUCUGGACCUCCACCUCCACUCCCCUAUCAGUCUGAGCAGGCGCCUCAUUCUGGACGAAUCGAACACGCCCAUAACAUCCUCCAGCAGCACGGUUCAGGCGUUCACGGUAAUCAGAGUCUCGGUGACGCCGGCAGUCCGCUGCCGCAGCGGAACGCCAAUGCCCAGAAUUCCCGGCUGCAGAAUGAAGGCUCCUUCGGUCUGGGAGGCCCGGGAGCACCUGGAGGAGAGGGAGCCGAUCAUACACUAGAUCUUCUUCCUGAGCUGACCAACCCGGACGAGCUGCUGUCCUACCUGGGCCCCCCCGACCUCCCCAACAACAGCAGCGAUGACCUGCUGUCUCUGUUCGAGAACAACUGACGACCUUCACAUCGUCUCACCGGUCACCUUCCAGCCUCCCGCUUCUCUGUCUGCUGUAGCCCCGCCCUCAUCGGUCGAAGACAGCGCCGUCUCCGUUGGCACCCACUACUUUGUGUGUGUGUGUGUGUGUGUGUGUGUGUGUGUGUGUGUGUGUGUGUGUGUGUGUGUGUGUGUGUGUGUGUGUGUGUGUGUGUGUGUGUGUGUGUGUGUGUGUGGAUAAAUGCGAGCGAGCGUGUGCAUAAAUGUGUGAGUGUAACUGAGGGGUUUUUUGUGUAUGUUUUGUCUUUUUGAAGUGUCCUGCUGUACUUUGACGUUCAUUCAGUGCAGCAUACAGGAGAAGGAGGGAACAGCACGUAGGCACUGACUCUGCAGACCAGCAUUUUAAACUAUAGCACAAACCACACGCUGAAGGAUUUAAAUAUACAGUAUUUAAUUUAUAGAUUUUAUUGGUUGAAGUGGAGGAUAAUGGAAGCUGGAGGGACUUUAUGAGGAGUUAAAGGACACAUUAAAAGCAGUGGUUCCCAAGCUUUUUUUUUAUUUUCUGCCCUGUUACAUCACUUUUUAACACAAACAUCAUGUUUCUACUGUUUACCUCAUAAUGCUGAACAUCCUGGGUAUUUGUAAAAAAAAAAAAAAAAGAAGAAGUUGUUGGUUCAUUCAUCAUCGGCUCUAAAUUUACUUUAACAAACUUCUCUGUGCUUUCUCCAGUUUGGGAACCGCUGCAUUAAAGGUUGAGUCUCUUGGUGUUUUAUAUAUUUCUUAUCGUCAACGACUUCUGUGGAAAAAACAAAACCGACAACGAGUUAGUCCGUCUCUACUUUCUGACUUCCUGUCUCUGGCUCCCAGCCUCAAUCCCUCAAUAUACUUUCAUUAUAAUUAAUGCUAUUUAAGAAGAGCAGUUAUUUACAGCAGCUCACUGUAGUUUUUAUCAAACAAACAGGAGGAAAUUGUGCGUUUCUUGGGGCCUAUUUUUAGUGGCGGAUUAUUGUCAUUAGUGAGUGUGUGUGUGUGUGUGUGUUCAUAAUGAAGGAACAUGUAACUCAGUGUGGCUCAUUGAUGUGUUUACAACAGUGAAGCUUUGUCCAGUGCUGAUGAGUUAUUUUCAGUUUCAACUCGUCCGUAUCAGGACACAACAGCGUCUCUCCUGCUCACACAGGAUCUGGUGUUCCAGAUAAACAGUAAAAUGUGUUUGUGAACAGAUUUGAGGAGAGAAAUAGUCAACAACAGAAUCUGGAUCCAUAUCUGAUCAGCACUGUUUGACAGUUUGAUCUGAGUUUGGUGCGUUGAGCUGGACGGACUCACUGAGAAUGAGCUGUCAAUCACAAGGUAGCCCCGCCCUAAAGCAUACCCUGCUUUAUGGUCUGUUUUACUCUAAAUGGGACCAUCAGUUACUAAAUGAACAUCAUGCUGUAUGGAAGAAGACUGAAACUAGAGACUGAGACCAGAAACUCAUCAGGAAACUGUUUACUGAGGUCAAUAAAUCAACUGAGAAGUCGACUCAUUUCUCCCUAAGACUGAAUGGUAAUGGAGCCGCCCCCUGCUGGUUGUUAGAGAGAAUGCAGGUUUAAGAAACUUCUGUUGGCUUAACUUCUCAAACUCUGUCCACUCAUCAAAUUAAGUCAAUUUCCGAACACUUAAAGUUUAGUGGUGGUGACGUUGAAGUCAUGCAACCGCGGUGAAGUGCGUUUAUAGCCCUUACCAACUUUUAACGUUAGCUUUUUAUUCUGGCGAUCUCAUUCACGCUUCAAAAAUCAUAAGUGUCUUUUUUUUUUUUAGAUGCUAACAUCCUCCAAUAACAAUACGUCUGUGGCACAGAGGAGGAACGUGUAUCGGGCCUCAGUGUCGGCGUUCCCUUUCAUGACGUUUGUUGACAAUAAGAGAAAUAUAUAAUGUCACCGGACUUUAUCCUUUAAUACACAAUGAUGUAAGAUAAGGGCAGAUAAAAGUGGUCACACGUUUGUUUCUCUUCGCUGAUCAGACGACGAAGUCAAAUCCAAACCUCACGUUUUAAACAAAUGAAAAAAAUAAAAGAUGUACAGAAGACAUUUUUUUGUGUUUUUAGACCCAUGAAGUUGGAAGAGCGCUGAGGUUCAUUGUAUCUCCGACAUCCUUCAGCACUGUGAAAUAUAUACCGACUCCCAUCUUUCCCUCUGUUGGUUUCUUUUACCCUCUUUCCUCGGGGGGGGGUUCAAACAUACUGUAAAUGAGUACAGCUGUGUGUCAUGGCAUUUUUCUGCCAUUUGAAAGCUAUUAGUAUGUUUUAUUUUCAGUCGUUUCUUUGACAUGUAUAACCCAUCAUGACGCGGGUUUAUGUACUGUAUAAUCAGCUGUUUUCAUUAGAGAACGUGUGUGUAUCAAAUGAAUUGUUAAUCAUGGUAAUUUUAAUGUUAUUAGUUGGAUAAUGGAUCAUCGUUGGCACUGUAUACAUACUGUAUGUUAGAAAAACUAUAAAGCAAUUGUAAAAAAAAAAAAAAAAAAAAAGAGGUCGUACUGAUGCAUGUAUGACGGGAAACAGGCAGUCCGCUGACGUCGACGCAGUUUAAAGGAAGAAAUCGUUCUUCGCACCACUUUUUAAAGCCGACGGUUUUUUCUAUGAAUGAUUUUGCGACUGUACCGUUCGCGGUCCAACGAAAGGCGACAAGAAAUAAAGUUCUUUGCCGAUUGAGCAACGCAGUAAUGUUAUAUUUGGAAAAAUUAUGGACUAUUUAACUGCAAAUUUGCUAGGAGAAAAAAAAACAAACAGUUUUUUAAUAUGUAAACUAUUCCACAUAUUUUGUAACACAUUGUAAUUGCCAUUAUUUUCUAUUUAUUUUUUAAUCAUAAUCGUCAUUGUACCUACAGUUACCUUGUUCCUUUGCUGAAUCUCAGAACCAGAAUUAAAAAUCACUUUAUUUGACGAAAA